AUGAACGUUGCUGGUAGCAGAGCUCCUGCAGGAAGACCCAAGAUACUCACUCGUGAAGACUUUGAGAAAAAAUCACAAGCACAAAGUCAACAAAACUCAGCAACACCUAGCCCACCAUCAUCUGGUAACUCAUCAGGUAAACCCAAAUCAAGAAAUAGAAGAAGAAAACCAUUAUCCAAAAAGAAAUCCGAUGCUGGAUUUAAAGUUGUUGUAAGAUUACUACCACCAAAUCUUAAAGCUGAAGAAUUUUGGUCCAAAGUUGAAGAUUAUGUCACUGCACAAAACAUUUUAGAUAAAUAUUAUGUCCAAGGUAAAUAUUCAAAUAAACCUUUCAAAUUACCAACUUAUUCAAGAGCUUACAUUCAAUUUGAGGAUCCUCAGAUUGUUGAUCAAUUCGUGGCCAAGUAUAAAGAGGUCACAUUCGAAGAUGAUAAAGAAAGUAUGAUACCAACUUUUGCUAUGGCUUUGUUCAGCAAAAUGCCAGAAAAUGAAAAAUCACCUUCCAAGAAACCAGAUUCUAAACCUAAACACACAUUGCAAGAUUUAUUAUCAUAUAAAAACUUUUUGAAAUUCUAUAAUGGUGAAAUUGAGAGACCUCAAAGUUUUUUGAUCUCUGAAAAGAAUGAUAAAAGAGCUGAAAAGAGAGCUGCUAAAAAGGCUGAAAAGAAAGCUGAAAAGAAAGUUGAGAAAAAGAAUGAAAAGGGAGAAAAGAAAGAAGUUCAACCAUCAAAGAAAAAUGAUAAGAAGAAAAGGGAAAAGAAAGAUAUCAAGAAAGAUGAAAAGAGCGGUUCUAAAGAUAUAAAGAAAGAUGUAAAGAAAGACACUAAGAAGGAUGAUAAACCAAAAGACGCUAAAAAUCAACCGGCUGCAGCUACAAAUGCUACACAGAAAAAAGAAUCACCUGCUGGAGAUGAAGAGAAGAAAAAGAGGAAACCUCGUAUCAGAAAGAAGAAAGAAGGCGAACAACCAGAUAAUAAACCUGUUAAAGAUAAACCACAACAAAAGAAUGACUCUAAACCAAAGAAUCCAAAGGGUGAAAAACCAAAGCCAAAAUCAAAACCUCAAGAAAAGAAGCCACAAAACAACGGUGGUAAUGCUAAAAACAAUACUGGAAACAAUAAUAAUUCUAAUGGUGCAAAUCCUAAACCUAAGAUCCAAUUAUUGGGUAGAGAUGAUAAGAAUGGUCAAGAUAAACCAAAGAAACCGGUAUUAUUGAAGAGAGAUAAUUGA